CUCUCUCUCUCUCUCUCUCUCUCUCUCUCUAUUUCAGGCUCUCGUGCUGGUGAAAGUGCAUCAUCUUGCUUCCUCUGUGAAGUUGCUUCUUUUCUCUCGGUCUUUAAUUGUCUCCUCUUUGUAUACAGAACCCUCCGACUUUAGGACAUGGACUGUGCUCUGGACCAACUGGACGCUACAGGAUUUCUGCGCAUCUGGCAACACUUCGAUGCCGAUGAUAACGGCUACAUCGAGGGGAAGGAGCUGGACGCGUUUUUCCGGCAUCUUCUGAUGAAGCUUGGACCUGGGGAUAAGAUAACGGAGGAGAGAGUGCAGCAGGUGAAGGCGAGGUUCAUGUCGGCCUACGACGUGACAGCUGAUGGUCGUCUGCAGAUCCAGGAACUCGCCAAUAUGAUCUUACCAGAAGAAGAAAACUUCCUGUUGCUCUUCCACCGUGAAGCUCCUCUGGACAACAGCGUGGAGUUUAUGAAGAUCUGGAGGAAGUAUGACGCAGAUAGCAGUGGGUACAUAUCUGCAGCCGAGCUAAGGAAUUUCUUGAAGGAUCUCUUUGACCAGCACAAAAAGGAAUUGUCCACGAACAAGCUGGAUGAAUACACAGACACCAUGAUGAAUAUAUUUGACAAGAACAAAGAUGGCCGCUUGGAUCUGACUGAUUUAGCUCGAAUCCUUGCUCUCCAGGAGAACUUCCUGUUGCAGUUCCAGAUAGACGCGAACACUCUGAAUGAGAGAAAGCGAGACUUUGAAAAAAUCUUCACUCAUUAUGAUGUUAGUAAAACUGGUGCUCUGGAGGGACCUGAGGUGGAUGGAUUCGUCAAGGACAUGAUGGAGCUGGUCAGGCCAAGUAUCUCCGGUCCAGAGUUGGACCAGUUCAGGGUCAUGCUGCUGAAUCACUGCGACAUGAAUAAAGAUGGAAAGAUCCAGAAGAACGAGCUGGCGCUGUGUUUAGGGAUGAAACCUAAACCUUAGACCAUGUUCUGUGUUUGUUACACAGUGUGAAGCCUCUCUUCUUCUUUUUUUCCAAACGUGUGCUAAUAUAAUCUGAUUAAUAAACUUACAGACACUUGCUAAUAAUGAAUGUUUAUGUUUUACAGUGUUGUUAUGAGGUCACUGCUCCUGUGCUUCAUUUACAGUCAGGAUGUGUUUUCACCAAAUGUUAUUGUAUACAGGGGAAAAAAACGUGUCACCCAUCACUCAUCUUUUUUUUGUGUGUGUGUGUAGUGUGGGGUGUUAUGAGCACAAACAACAGCUGGAAGCCGGAGCUCCUCCGUGUUUGUUUUGCUAGGUUACAGAAAAGUGCAUUUAGUUAGCGGCAUAAACGUUUCAUCAUUUAUUAACAUUUUAAAUGUUUAUAUCUAACACAAGCCACUAAGCCCUGUUUCCUCUCAGGUAUUCAUUGUCAUUUCCUGUACUCGUUAUCUCAUUCUACUCAUUACCACACACAAGCUUUUCAAUUUGUCCUAAUUUUAGCCCCUUCUAACGCUGACUAAUUUCACUGUUAGCAUAAACGACGACACGAUCUCUGUCUCCAGCAGAAGCUGUUAAACAAUACCAUUUUCAUGUCUAUGUUAUCACCAUGCUAAUGGAAGCAGAGGAGAGAGCCAAAGCUGUAACACUAACACUUUCACUCCUAAAGAGAAUUAGCUGUAUGUUUUCUGUCAGGAUUGAUGUGCGUGUUUUUGCUAACUCACGGUGUAAAAUAUUCUCACCGUGUACAGUCGUCUAAUCUAACAUUGUUCUGUUCAUCGUAUGACAGUCUGGUGACUGUUUAAAAAUCAUAAAUAAGCAGUGGAGAUCUCUGAGAAUAAACGGAGAGUGUGAUUAUUAGCCUGAGUCUGUACUGUGGUGUGAAGACAUACAGUACUGCAUGGUGUUCAUUAGCAGUUAGCAUGUUCUGUGACUUUAGCUCAACUCUGUAUUAAAUUAUAUAGAAUUAGAAUUGAUUUACACAGUAGUUCUGUUUUACACUUUCUGGAAUUCAUUUCCACAUUUGAAUAAAGAAGGUUAAACUUGCAA